UGCCAGACUAGAGUGGCAGCCGUAGUAACCAAUAGACACGCACUUUGUUGGACCAGAAGCCAAUGAAGAAUUAUGUGGAGGAGAAGCGGCGAUAAUCUGUUUGAGGAUGUAGGCACUGUUUGAAGAAACAUGGCCCUGUAUCAGAGGUGGCGGCGGCUCCGGCUCCAAGGUUUACAGGCUUGCAGGCUACACACGGCAGUUGUGUCGACCCCUCCACGCUGGUUGGCAGAGCGGCUUGGCCUUUUUGAGGAGCUAUGGGCUGCUCAGGUAAAGAGAUUAGCAAGCAUGGCACAGAAGGAACCCCGGACUAUUAAGAUAUCACUUCCUGGAGGCCAGAAAAUUGAUGCUGUGGCAUGGAAUACAACCCCCUACCAACUAGCCCGGCAGAUCAGUUCAACACUGGCAGAUACUGCAGUGGCUGCUCAAGUGAAUGGAGAACCUUAUGAUCUGGAGCGGCCCUUGGAGACAGAUUCUGACCUCAGAUUUCUGACAUUCGAUUCCCCAGAGGGGAAAGCAGUGUUCUGGCACUCCAGCACCCAUGUCCUGGGGGCAGCAGCUGAACAAUUCCUAGGUGCUGUUCUCUGCAGAGGUCCAAGUACAGAAUAUGGCUUUUACCAUGAUUUCUUCCUGGGAAAGGAGAGGACAAUCCGGGGCUCAGAGCUACCUGUUUUGGAGCGGAUUUGCCAAGAACUUACAGCUGCUGCUCAACCCUUCCGGAGGCUAGAGGCUUCACGGGAUCAGCUUCGCCAGUUGUUCAAGGAUAACCCCUUUAAGCUUCACUUGAUUGAGGAAAGAGUGACAGGUCCAACAGCAACAGUAUAUGGGUGUGGCACAUUGGUUGACCUUUGCCAGGGCCCCCACCUUCGGCAUACUGGACAGAUUGGAGGACUGAAGCUGCUAUCGAACUCAUCAUCCUUAUGGAGGUCUUCAGGGGCCCCAGAGACAUUGCAGAGAGUGUCAGGGAUUUCGUUCCCCACAACAGAAUUGCUGAGGGCCUGGGAAGCAUGGAGGGAGGAAGCAGAAUUGCGGGACCACCGGCGCAUUGGGAAGGAACAGGAACUCUUCUUCUUCCAUGAACUGAGCCCUGGGAGCUGCUUCUUCCUGCCACGAGGGACAAGGGUGUAUAAUGCACUAGUGGCGUUUAUCAGGGCUGAGUAUGCCCGUCGUGGUUUCUCCGAGGUGAAAACUCCCACACUGUUUUCUACAAAACUCUGGAAACAGUCAGGGCACUGGGAGCAUUAUCAGGAAGACAUGUUUGCCGUGCAGCCCCCAGGCUCUGACAGGCCUCCCAGCUCCCAGAGUGACGAUUCUACCAGGCAUAUCACAGAUACACUCGCCCUCAAGCCUAUGAACUGCCCUGCACACUGCCUGAUGUUCGCCCACCGGCCCAGAUCCUGGCGGGAACUGCCCCUGCGACUAGCUGACUUUGGGGCUCUACACCGGGCCGAAGCCUCUGGUGGUCUGGGGGGACUGACCCGACUGCGGUGCUUCCAGCAGGAUGAUGCUCACAUCUUCUGUACAACAGAUCAGCUGGAAGCAGAGAUCCAAAGCUGUCUUGAUUUCCUCCGUUCCGUCUAUGCCGUUCUUGGCUUCUCCUUCCACCUGGCACUGUCCACCCGGCCAUCUGGCUUCCUGGGGGACCCUUGCCUUUGGGACCAGGCCGAACAGGUCCUUAAACAGGCCCUGAAGGAAUUUGGAGAACCCUGGGACCUCAACUCUGGAGAUGGUGCCUUCUAUGGACCUAAGACAGACUCUUGCUCCGUUGCCAGACUGAAGUGCAGUGGCGGAUCUUGGCUUACUGCAACCUCCACCUCCCAGGUUCAAGCGAUUCUCUUGCCUCAGCCUCCCGAGUAUCUGGGACUACAGAUUGACGUGCACCUCCACGAUGCCCUGGGCCGGCCACAUCAGUGUGGGACAAUUCAGCUUGACUUCCAACUGCCCCUGAGAUUUGACCUCCAGUAUAAGGGGCAGGCGGGUGCCCUGGAGCGUCCAGUCCUCAUUCACCGAGCAGUGCUCGGUUCUGUGGAAAGACUGUUGGGAGUGCUGGCAGAAAGCUGCGGUGGGAAAUGGCCACUGUGGCUGUCCCCGUUCCAGGUGGUGGUCAUCCCUGUGGGGACUGAGCAAGAGGAGUAUGCCAAAGAGGCACAGCAGAGCCUGCGGGCUGCAGGACUGGUCAGUGACCUGGAUGCUGACUCUGGACUGACCCUCAGCCGGAGAGUCCGCCGGGCCCAGCUUGCCCACUACAAUUUUCAGUUUGUGGUUGGCCAGAAAGAGCAAAGUAAGAGAACAGUGAACAUUCGGACUCGAGAUAAUCGUCGCCUUGGGGAGUGGGACUUGCCUGAGGCUGUGCAGCGACUGGUGGAGCUACAGAACACGAGGGUCCCAAAUGCCGAAGAAAUUUUCUGAGCCUUUGUACAUAGAUGAGGCAGAAACCUGCGAGAGCCAUCAGCCUCCCUCACAUGGGAGACCCCAACCCAGCUGACAGUGUGGAGCCCCCAGAACUUCAGAACUGUGUGGAGGCACAUGUCUGCUCUCCUGAAAAGAGACUUGGUUUGGGGACCCCACAAAAGGAGGGAAGCUGUAGCUGUUUGGAUGUGAGGAGAAUGAAACUACAAAAAAAAAUAAAUUGGGCCAGGCGCAGUGGCUCAUGCCUGUAAUCCAGCCCUCUGGGAGGCUGAGGCAGACGGAUCAUGAGGUCAGGAGAUCAAGACCACCCUGGCUAACACGGUGACACCCUGUCUCUACUAAAAAUACAAAAAAUUAGCCGGGCAUGGUGGCACACGCCUGUAGUCCCAGCUACUCAGGAGGCUAAGGCAGGAGAAUCGCUUGAACCCGGGAGGUGGAGGUUGCAGUGAGCUGAGAUCGCGCCACUGCACUCCAGCCUGGGUGACAGAGCGAGACUCUGUCUCCAAAUAAAUAAAUAAAUAAAUACAAACGGGAA